CACAUUGUGUGACAGGCCAAUCACAGGCGCAUGGGGGCGAGCCUUGCGGCAGGGCGCGUUGGGACCGUGUGUCUGUCUGACGACUGCGCAGCUCAAAGCUUCCACUCCGGCAUCGAGGGACGCUGACGACACCCAUCCUCGCUCUUGUGUGACGGAGCCGAAGUCUCCCUCCGUUGCGUGACGAGCGGUCAUUUUUUUCGACACGGAGAGGCCUGUGUUUUUAUUCCCGCGGGCGGUGGAUCACGCUUCACGAUGCCCGGGCGACGAUCUGGCCGCGCUGCCGCCCGAAAGGCCGCGGCGGCUCUUGAGAGCACCCCCAAGCGCUUCGCCGACCUCGAGGAUGAGCCCAUGGCCGAUGCCGACGCCGAUGCCGACGCCGCUGCUGCCGCGGACAAUGCCUCGGAGCCCGAGGAGCCGCCCGCGCAAGACGACAAUGACGACGAAGACGAAGACGCUGCCACCGGGCGCAAGGGAGCCAAUCUGGCCGACGACGAUGACGACGACGAAGACGACGACGACGACGCAAAGGAGGAGAAGGAACCCACGCCGCCGCCCCAACCCGUCAUUCGGAGAAAGCGGCUGGGCCGGCCACCCAAGAACAAGCCCCCGGACUGGGACCCCAUGGUCACCGUGACCGAGGACACGCCCCGGCGCAGGGGCCGCGGUGGAUGGAGGGGCCGAGGAGGCCGCAAGGGAGGCGCCCCUCCGCCCAAGGCCGAGCAGGUCAUCGACGCCGAGGGCACCGUCGCCGAGAUUGUUGACGACGAGUGCGUCCUGCCCGACGACCCCGAGGGCGAGACCAAGGUCGACAAACUGGGCAAUCUCGAGGGCGGACGCGAGUAUCGUUGCCGCACGUUCACCGUCAUGGGCCGGGGGGACAGGCUCUACAUGCUGUCGACGGAGCCCGCCCGGUGCGUGGGCUUCAGGGACAGCUACCUCUUCUUCACCAAGCACCGGAAGCUCUACAAGAUCAUUGUCGACGACGACGAGAAGCGCGACAUGAUUGAGCGCGACAUCAUCCCGCACUCGUACAAGGGCCGCUCGAUCGGCGUCGUCACGGCCCGCUCCGUCUUCAGGGAGUUUGGCGCGCGCAUCAUCGUUGGCGGCAAGCGCAUCCUCGACGACUACAGCGUGGCCCAGGCCCGCGCCGAGGGCGUUGUCGAAGGCCAGCUCGCGGACCCGGACGACCACUUCGUCCCCGGCGAACCCUACAACAAGAACCAGUACGUGGCGUGGCACGGAGCCAGCGCCGUCUACCACACCAACGUGCCGUCAGUGCCGGUGCCGAGCGGCAAGCCAGAGUACAAGAAGCGCAAGGUCAACGUCAACGACACCAACUGGAUGCUGGAGCAUGCGCGCGAGGCGAGCAUAUUCAACUCGGGCAUCAACGCCAUCCGCAGACUGAACAACGCCGGCGUCUACGACAUCCACACCAACGUCAUGCAGUACCCCGCCAUCAUGCAGCCCACACUGGCGCGGGUCGAGCAGGUCGCGCCCGAGGACGAGGACUCCACGAGGGGCAGCAGCCGGUUCCCGCCCGUGUCGGCCAAGGUGGCGCGCAACUUCAUGGUCACCGACACGUACUUUGAGAGCCCGCCCGCCGGCGCCGCGCCCGUGGCCUUGGACGCGGGCGACUCUGCCGACUUUUUGUCGGCCUUCAACGGCCUGUCCGCCGUGUCCGACGACAUCAAGGACCUGCUUCCGCCCGAGUGCCGCCAGGCGUUUGACGCGGCCAUGGGCAGCAACGCCGAGUGGAAGUCGCGGUGGGGCCCGGAGAGCAGCACAAUGGCCCGGCGCGGCCCUGUCAUCGACAAGGCCAUUGUUCCCUACAGUAUGGGCUGAGACGACGAGUCGGGGACACGGCCCACGGAUGGUAUGCGAUGGGAUGGGAUGGGAGCGAGGGAUGUAUCUGUAUGCUCUAAUGUAUGGGUCGUCGUGGGCGCGCGCGAGCGCUCACCACGCACGGAACGGCUAGGCGCGGAUGGCGUUGGGCAUGGCUCACUCACGAUUGGUAGAGUCCGUCAGCAACGACGGCGAUUUACACACACAAAGGAUGUUCUGUUAUUUUUUUUCCAUCAACGGGGACUCUUGGCAUGUGGUUGCUUUCACACCGUGGCAACACAACCAACACACCUGUCAAGGAUGUGCGUUCUGGCUAAUUGGCAUACAGAGGCCUAGUCGCGGUAUUUCAUACAUCUUCUACCCACACCCACCUACACCACCUCCCAUUCUACCCCGUCGAGGUCCGACGGCCGGUCACCCCGAAAAGCCUCCCACAGGCGCUGCUGGGCACGCAUCGCCUCCACCACCACGGCCCCCG